UGCGCACGCUCCGACUCGGCCGCUGGCGGCUCUGUCUGAAGGAGGCCACCACCACUUCUGGUUGGCCUCGGGGCGCGCUGGCUUGGGUCUUCCUCCGUCCUCGAGGCCCCCGUAGUCCCAUCAUUCAGCCCCCUAGGGGCACUGGCGCGGCGGUGGCCUCGCAGGGCGCUGGGUUCCACUCUCCAGCUCUCCUCCCCCUGGCCCCGUCGCCCCGCCCUCGCCGGGCUAGGCUGCGGGGUCAGGGGCCGAGCGGAGCGGGUUGUCAUUUAACAUGGAAGAAGAUGAGUUCAUUGGAGAAAAAACAUUCCAACAUUAUUGUGCAGAAUUCAUUAAACAUUCACAACAGAUAGGUGAUAGUUGGGAAUGGAGACCAUCAAAGGACUGUUCUGAUGGCUACAUGUGCAAAAUACACUUUCAAAUUAAGAGUGGGUCUGUGAUGUCACAUCCAGGAGCAUCUACCCAUGGACAGACAUGUCCUCCCAUGGAGGAGGCUUUCGAGCUACCCUCAGAUGAUUGUGAAGUGAUUGAAACUGCAGCAGCGUCCAAAGUGAUUAAAUAUGAGUAUCAUGUCUUAUAUUCCUGUAGCUACCAAGUGCCUGUACUUUACUUUAGGGCAAGCUUUUUAGAUGGGAGACCUUUAACUCUGAAGGACAUAUGGGAAGGAGUUCAUGAGUGCUAUAAGACGCGACUGCUACAGGGACCAUGGGACACUAUUACACAACAGGAACAUCCAAUACUUGGGCAACCCUUUUUUGUACUUCAUCCCUGCAAAACGAAUGAAUUCAUGGCUCCAGUAUUAAAGAAUUCUCGGAAAAUCAAUAAGAAUGUCAACUACAUCACAUCAUGGCUGAGCAUUGUAGGGCCAGUUGUUGGACUGAAUCUACCUCUGAGUUAUGCCAAAGCAACCUCUCAGGCUGAAUGAAAUGUCGAUUAACAAGAUUCUUCUAUCGAGCUUAGAAAUUGUGGUAUGAAGAAUGUCAAGAGUUUACUUACCAGCCCUGGCUUUAAUAGGACCAAUACCAUGGAAUAUUUCAUCUCACCAAGAUUUGACAUGGAUUAUUUUUCCCUUGGACACAAAUGUCUACAGCAACUGAUAUUUGAUAGACCGAAUGUUUAGAAGAAACAUUUCAAAGGCGUACAUCAUGGCCAGGCAUGGUGGCUCACACCUGCAAUCCAAGCACUUUGGGAGGCCGAGGUGGGAGCAUCACUUGAGCCUGGGAGUACGAGACCAGCCUGGGCAACAUGGUGAAACCAUGUCUGUACAAAAAAAUACAAAAAUUUGCCUGUUUGUGGUGGUGUGUGCCUGUAGUCCCAGCUACUCAGGAGGCUGAGGUGGGAGGUUGGCUUGAGCCCAGGAGGCAGAGGUUGCAGUGAGCUGAGAUUGUGCCACUGCACUCCAGCCUGGGUGACAGAGCCAGACACUGUCUCAGAAAAAAAAAAAAAAAAGACACAUCACUUUAAAUAGCAAAAAACGAAUCUUAACUUACUAAUACUAGGAAUAACAACAUUAUUAGGGCACUUGCAGGUUAUUCUUUUCUAGGCCAAGUACUUCACUUCCAUUUGUCUGAUAUGGAGAUUGAGGGAGAAAUGUAUUUGUGUAUUCAUUUUAAUGUAAGAUAUACAAAAAUUAAAUUACUGGAUUUACCUGUCCCUGAAACUGGUGUUAUAAACAUGACCUAUCUUAAGUGAUUCUCCCAGAAUCAAACUCAGGAACAAUAGAUUAUUUCUGUUUUACUCCAAAGAUACGGGAGAGAGAGAAAGAGAGAGAGUGUGUGUGUGUAUGUAUGUAGGUGUGGGUGUUUGUGUAGACAGAUAGACAUAAAAUAAAGAAAAAAACACAAUAUUUUACUGUGAGACAAUAUGUUUUACCAGCGAAAUGUGGCAUAGUAAUUAGAAGUUUUCUAAAAAGCUAUAGGAAAUAUUUAAACAUUAAGAUUUCUUUUUGACCUACAGUAAUAAAACAAUGGUCAUUUUACCCCUCUACUUCUCAACCCCACAGCUGCUCUGCUGUACUCUUUGAGGGCUCUUAAGCGAGUCUUCGUGUCCCUGAGACUUAUUUUCCUCAUCUUUAAUUUGAAAAUAACAAGCUACCUCAUAGGGUUGCUGUGAGAACCACAUGAGAUCAUUAAUGCAUGAUAAGAUAUUGUAAAGUAUUAUACAAAUAUUCAUUAAAUGUUCACCUUUCUUGUAUAUAAUUGGUAUUCACUCAGGCUGUAAAUAAGUUUCAUAGCCAGUUAAGUAUUAAGAUAAACCUAACCUGGAACCAUUUUUUUUUUUUUUGGUUGCUUGUUUUGUUUUUUGUUUUCAUUUACUGGGAGCUGAAACUAAGAUUAAAAUGUCGUUGGGUUUUUAGAGAGUCUAGAUUAGUGUCUUUGAAUGAGAGAUAUGCUUAAAAUCACCUGAGGAUCGUUUACAGCUACAGAUGCUGGGGCCACCUGACACAGUCUCUCUGGGGGUGAUUCUGCUCUGGAGAACCUCUGGUCUGGAUAUACCUUUAUUGUGACAUUGAUUUGUAUUGUUUUGCUCUACUGACAGGCCUUUUCCAAUCCAUACAAGCUGAACUUGCUUCCUAAUGUUUGUCUAGGCCUUACCUGGAUAGGAAGGAAGCUUAGGAGACAUGUUCACAAGGUAGCCGUCUUGUAGGAAACCAGUCCAGGUGAGGACAUCAUUCACCAGUGUAUCACUGAGCACCACUGACAGCACCCUCAGUCCACAUCUGCAGAUUAAGAGCUGAACUCUCACAGAGAAAGUGGAAGUAAAGAAAGGGUUAAUUCAAACUGCUAGAAAAGCUAAAAGUAAAUUUUAAAAUGCUGAGCUGCACAUAUUCAUGCUAGGAUGAGAGCCAGCUUAAAUGCUUGCUGGGCAUUUUGGUAUUUACCGCUUAACAUGUUUUCAACUUCUGUGAGGGAUUUUCCCCCCACUCUCCCUAAUGUAAACACAGAUUUCUCGGCAAGUCAUUUCUCAAGCCAUGUCAUUUCUAGUGUAAAAUAAAUUAUAAUAAUGUGUCAUCUGAA